ACACACACACACACACACACACAUUCUCUCUCUCUCUCUCAUUGCACAAACUACUCCCCAACCCAUCAGCAACCAUGAGCUUCAUCUUCUACUCCGGCCCCUCGUCCGACUUCCCUCCCAUGAGCGAGUGGAAGACGUUCGAGGAACUUUUCAACCUCAACAAGCCCGAGAUGCUGCGGACGGGCGACACGGGCGAGGACGUGGGCUGCAUCUGGAACGCGGUGCUCGAGUGCGCCAAGCUCGGCGUCGACGAGCGCGUCGUCUUCGCCAUCAUCAUGCAGGAGUCGACGGGCGACGUGGGCGUCGCGACGACGUGGAACAUGGACAAGCGCGCCACGGCGGGCCUGAUGCAGUGCGACGGGAGCCCCGGCUUCGACGGCCGCCACGGCCUGCCGCAGGCCGACAUCACGGCCAUGGUGCGCGCCGGCACCGAGCACUUCAAGGGGAACCUGCACGAGCACGGGGACAAGUGGGACGCCGACACCAUCUACAAGGCCCUGCGGUCUUACAACUCGGGCCGCUGCGACGCCGACGACCUCAGUAAGGGACUCGGGGCGACCGACGACUAUGUCAGCGAUGUGGCCAAUCGUCUGUGCGGCCGCACCCGCUGAUCUGGAGAUGGGUGUCGACGGAGGGAAGAGAUGUGAUGGGGGUGGUGAGGAACCAAGGGUGGUAAUUUCGGCGAUAGGGUGACGGGUCUCGUCAGGGCGCGGUAGUUCUGGCGCGUAUCCUUCUUGGGGAAUCUUUGAUACCUGGUAUUUGGAGGAGAGCUGAUAACCAGACUUCGUUCAAAUUACGAAGCACAUGGCUGUUCAGUGAGGAGGGAGGAAUUUUGAAUAGCACGCAGAACUUUGGACCAGAAUGCAAUAAUUCCU